CUCAGAUAACAUAAGUUACAUAACUCAUCCUGCCAUGUCUUCCCCCUAUCUCUGUUCUUUCUGUUCCAUAUAAGAGAAAUACCAUAACCGAACCAAAACCAAAACAAAAUCCUCCCAACUAAAAAGUCCAAAGAGAAUUUUCAUACUCUCUCACUCAAUCAAUCAUCAUGCCCGGAAGCUUAGAGCCGUUGGAUUUAUCCAUUCAGAUUCCUUAUCAUUUCAGGUGUCCGAUCUCCUUGGAGCUCAUGCGGGACCCCGUCACCGUCUGCACCGGUCAGACUUACGACCGUCCCAGCAUCGAGUCAUGGGUCGCCACCGGUAACACCACCUGCCCCGUCACCCGGGCCCCCCUCACCGACUUCACUCUCAUUCCAAACCACACUCUUCGUCGACUUAUUCAAGACUGGUGCGUCGCCAACCGCUCCUUCGGUGUCGAACGUAUCCCCACUCCCAAACAGCCCGCCGAGCCCGCUUUGGUUCGUUCUCUUUUGAACCAAGCCGCCUCCGACUCCAACGCUUUCGCCUCUCGUCUCUCCGCUCUGCGUCGACUCAGAGGACUCGCUCGUGACUCGGAUAAGAACCGUUCCCUUAUUUCCUCUCACAACGUACGCGAAAUAUUGACGAAUAUUCUCUUCUCAAAUUACAACUCCGAGUCGUCCAAUGAGUUGAACCAUGAGGCACUGGCGCUACUCGUAAUGUUCCCGCUCUGUGAGUCGGAAUGCAUUUGUAUAGCAUCAGACAACGAUAAAGUUACGUAUUUAUCGAAUCUGUUAUUUCAUCCGUCGAUUGAAGUCCGAGUCAACUCAGCUUCACUCAUUGAAAUUGUCUUAGCUGGCAUGAGAUCUCAAGAGCUUCGUUCUCAGAUCAGCAACGUGGACGAAAUUUUCGAGGGCGUAAUUGAUAUUUUAAGAAAUCUUCAAUCUUAUCCACGUGGCUUAAAAGUUGGGAUCAAGACGCUCUUCGCCUUGUGUCUUGUGAAGCAGACGAGACACAAAGCGGUGGCAGCCGGGGCGGCGGAGACUUUAGCCGACAGGCUGACGGAUUUCGACAAAUGCGACGCCGAAAGAGCGUUGGCGACGGUGGAGUUGCUCUGCAGAAUUCCGUCCGGGUGCGCGGCGUUCGCGUCGCACGCGCUCACCGUGCCGCUCCUGGUGAAAACGAUCCUGAAGAUCUCAGACCGAGCGACGGAGUACGCCGCAGGGGCCCUCCUGGCGCUUUGCUCGGCGUCGGAGGAGAGUCAAAAGGAGGCCGUCAACGCGGGCGUAUUGACUCAAUUGUUGCUUCUGGUACAGAGCGAUUGUACGGACAGGGCAAAACGAAAAGCCCAGAUGUUGUUGAAAUUGUUAAGGGACUCGUGGCCCGAAGAUUCCAUUGGCAAUUCGGAUGAUUUUGCUUGCAGUGAAGUUGUUCCGUUUUGACGAAGACUGAGUACGGAAAUGGAAAUUCAUGGGUAAAAAAAAAGAGGAAAAAGAAAAAAAUCUGAUGAUUUUUCUAAUUGUUAGUGGAAAAGAAAAAUGAAAAUAAUGUUGAGAUUUUAGGUUGGUAUAGGGAAGGAGGAGUUUGUAAUUGUGUAUGUAUUUUUGUAUGUAAGAAAUUUUUUUGUGGAAAGUUUAAGAAAAAAGAAAUGAAAAGAUACAUCUCCUUAGUUU